ACUGUGACUACUAAGCACAGCCUGCGUGCUCCCACUCCUCCCAGUCUCUUUGCCUCUCUUUCUCCCUCUCUGGGUCGAUCUGCAUCCUCUGCUUUCAUUCAGAUUUGCCCAUCUCUUCCUCACUCUCUGUGCUGUGUUGCUUUUCUCCCUCUUGCUGUCUUGUUGCUGCUACUGCUGUCACCAAACCUACAUCCCUGCUUUCCUUCUAACCCCUCCUCCUCCUUUCGGAGCUCUUCAAAGCUGCCAGCACACACUCAUAUAGCGUAACACAGCACUCUCCAGUGUGAGGGAACAAUGUCAGCUAUUCUGGAUCUGGACCAGAUUGCAUGCUCUGGGAAUGGAGUGGAGCAUGACAUUGAGACACCUCAUGGCGUUCUUCAUGUGACAAUGAGAGGUGUUCCCAAGGGCAACAGACCCAUCAUCCUCACCUAUCACGACAUUGGCCUCAAUCACAAGUCAUGCUUCAACACCCUGUUCAACUAUGAGGACAUGCAGGAGAUCACACAGCACUUCGCCGUGGUCCACGUGGAUGCACCUGGCCAGCAGGAGGGCGCACCCCCGUUCCCCAGCGGCUAUCGCUAUCCAACUAUGGAUGAGUUGGCUGAGAUGCUGCCCUCUGUGAUGACUCAUCUUAAGGUCAACAGCGUUAUCGGGAUUGGCGUGGGAGCAGGCGCAUACGUUCUCUCCCACUUUGCUCUGAACAAUCCCACGCUGGUGGAGGGGCUGGUGCUCAUCAAUAUCGACCCAUGUGCUGAAGGUUGGAUCGACUGGGCAGCUUCAAAAUUGUCUGGAUGGACGAGUAACCUGGUUGAUAUUGUCAUGGCUCAUCAUUUCAGCAGUGAUGAGCUAACAGAGAACCAGGAGCUGAUCCAGACUUACCGGUUACAUAUCGCCCAAGACAUCAAUCAAGACAACUUGGCCCUCUUCUGUGGCUCCUACCAAUAUCGCCAGGACCUGGACAUCGAACGGCCCAUCGUAGGUUUGAAUGAGCACACCGUCAACACACUAACGUGCCCAGCUUUGCUGGUGGUUGGUGACACAUCACCUGCUGUGGACGCUGUGGUGGAGUGCAAUUCCAGGUUAAAUCCAACAAAGACCACUCUGCUGAAGAUGGCUGAUUGUGGAGGCUUGCCCCAGGUUGUGCAGCCAGGGAAACUUGCUGAGGCCUUCAAGUACUUUGUCCAGGGAAUGGGCUACAUUCCCUAUGUCCUUCUCAGUCACCUGAGCAACGAAUCAGUGCCGUCUGCAGGAAUGACUCGCCUGGCUCGCUCACGCACCGCCUCUUCUUCAAGCACCACCUCUAUGGACAGCAGUCGCAGCCGCCACAACUUGAACAGCCUGCUGGAGAACAACGCCCCUGCGGCGCUGGACUGCCAGGCCGGACCCCAGACUAUGGAGGUGUCCUGCUAAACUCACUGCUUAUGUGCUCCCUUCCUUUGUAACUUAUUGACCCCGUCUCGUCCGCUUUCUCUUUCCCUCAAUUCAGUGCCCGCAGGUUCUGUAAGGAACUACGUGAUUUAAAAGAGGAUGUAAUAGCUAUAUGAACAGAAACGUAUUGUUAAAUAUUAAAUCAUUAUAAAAAAAUACAUUCCUUAACCAUUACUACCACUAUAUUCAGAUGUCUUGCAUAUUCAGAUGUGCUCCACUCACCUUAAUUGGAUUUGUUUUUCAUGUUUGUUCCAAGGUAAAACCCAUCAAUGUUAAUAUGAAAUAAAGUUUUGUCAUUGGAUGCUACAACACUGUUUUAAUCCAUUUCUUUAGUUUGUAGUUUAAACAUGCUGCCUCCAUGGAUUGUGAGUCACUAUAUAUUUGUGUUUUUAAAUUGAACACUGGACUGUAAGUUGCUGCAAUAUGAUGUAGCGAACAAAUUGUACAAAUUGUUAGCCUAAUAGUCCCGAAUCACAUUCGCAUAAGUCAAUUUGGAUGGCUUUUGGAAAACAAGAAACAACACAACAAAUUCAACAAACAAGAAUAGUGCAGUUGCCUGGAUUCAAUCUUUGUGGAUUACCAGGAUUUGGCUGACUGAGAAUCUACAAAGACAAAGAUAAAACUACAUUUUUGCAAGUACUUUGGAAUUUUUUAAUUUAUAUUGUGACAGUAGGUUAAGAAUGACUUGUGCAAUUAUGCUAUCAGACUAACAAAAUCUAGCUACAGAUGGAAGAGGGCUGUCUGUACUUCAUGUAAACUGAACAUGCCAGGUAAAAAAACAAGCUUGAAUAUUUAGCAUUAAAGAAAAUGUGUACUAUUUCCUCUUUAACCUCGUUUACAUUGAAUUAGUUUUCCCCAUUUUUAUUUCUGCAUUGUUGAUUUUAAUGCAGUCUUUAAACAACCCGUGCCAUGUGGCCCAGGGGUUCCUCUCACUUGUCUGCUGACUCUUUUACUUAAUAAAGAGGUAGAAUAUAAGAA